AUGAAGCCUGCAUUUAUUUCACUAUGUAAAAUUGCACUGUUCGUGUUGGUCUUUAUGAGUGUAAUAUCUCAUGUAGUGAUCGGGGAUUCGUCUGCUAAAAAACUGCAAAUUGGAGUUAAGAAAAGGCCUAGCGAAUGUCCAAUAAAAAGCAAAAAGGGAGAUCUUCUUCAUAUGCAUUAUACGGGUACACUAGAAGAUGGAACUGAAUUUGAUAGCUCAAUCCCCCGUGGGAACCCAUUAACCUUCACACUUGGUUCAGGACAGGUCAUAAAGGGUUGGGACCAAGGUUUAAUUGGAAUGUGUGAAGGGGAGCAAAGGAAACUAGUCAUUCCGCCUCAUUUGGCCUAUGGUGAGGCCGGAGCACCACCAAAGAUUCCCAAGUCUGCAACUUUAACAUUCCAUGUAGAUCUUGUCAAGAUUGAAAGGAAGGAUGAAUUAUAA